AUGACUAUCCUCGUGCUGGGUGGCCGCGGCAAAACAGCUAGUCGUCUAUCCUUGUUGCUGGACAACGCCGGAGUCCCUUUCCUGGUCGGGUCCAGUUCAACUUCGUACGUAGGUCCCUACAAGAUGACGCACUUUGACUGGCUCAACGAAGAUACCUGGACCAAUGUGUUCCUGCGCGCAUCUCUAGACGGCAUUGACCCAAUUUCCGCCGUCUACCUAGUGGGAGGUCACGCACCAGAAUUAGUUGAUCCAGGGAUUCGAUUUAUCAAUGUAGCUCGAGCUCAGGGUGUCAACCGCUUCGUCCUCCUCAGUGCCAGUAAUAUAGCCAAGGGAACACACUCCAUGGGCAUUCUACACGCUCACCUCGAUUCUCUUGAGGAUGUUCAAUAUGUGGUCUUGAGGCCGACCUGGUUCAUGGAGAACCUCCUGGAGGAUCCACAUGUCAGCUGGAUCAAGAAGGAGGAUAAGAUCUACUCCGCUACCGGGGAUGGCAAGAUCCCAUUUAUCUCUGCGGACGAUAUUGCGCGAGUUGCGUUCUCUGUACUCACAGAAUGGAAGUCACAAAGAGCUCAGGAGUAUUUUGUCCUAGGUCCAGAGUUACUUUCUUAUGACCAGGUAGCGGAUAUACUCACAACUGUUCUGGGCCGAAAGAUCACCCAUGUCAGUCUCGCUGAGGCAGACUUGGCUCGGCUUCUAAGAGAUGACGUCGGCCUACCACCCGAUUUCGCGGCCAUGCUUGCUUCAAUGGAGACAGAUGUUAAGCACGGUACAGAGGUACGCAAUAGCCAUGAUGUGAAGAAGGUAACUGGAAGUUUGCCAUGCAGCUUCUUGGACUUUGCAGAGCAGGAAAAAGCGCGCUGGAUGCGGCAUUAA